ACCAUGCAGCUAAAAAAAGGUCGUAAUAGUGGAACUUGCAUUUGUGAAGUGCUUUCUGAGUUCAGUUUAACAUUCCUAAGCAAUGUUAUUUGUAAUUUAGUUUUGUUUUUCAGAGUCAUAGGCAUUGGGAAGGAAUAGAUAAUGAAGUAUCUACCCAUUUCUAACUGGCUGGCCCAGCUUGGACUUGCAGAAUAUUGCACGCUCUUUGAACAAUAUGAUGGUAUAGAGGACUUACUCCAUCUUACAGAAGUCGAUCUUAGAAAACUGGGAAUUGAAAAUCAAGGCCACCGAACACACCUCAUUUCCAAUAUCCUGCUGCUUCAGGAGGUAAAACAAAAGAGAGAACCAAAAAUGAUAGCUGCAGGAAAAUUUUCAAGUCUUCCCAGAAAUGGCCCAGUGAACCACCAGUUCUCAUUAGCUUCUUCCAUGGAUCUUUUGACCACAAAACCUUCAUCAAUUGAGCAUCGCUCAAACUCCUUCAAGGGCAUCUCUAUCCAUGGCACUCUGCCCAGGAAGAAGAGGGGAACAGUUCCCCCUAGGUCUUGUGAUACAUUCAGCCACGUGGGAAUGUUGCCUUACACCAGAGCAUGGCAGCAGCCACCUUUUGUGCAGGAUGUUAUAGAAGAGUACCCUCCAGAAAAUGGAAAGAGCAGCAAACUCCAUGCCAGAGAUCAGAAUAUUCUGGAUCCUACGUUGGAAUAUGUCAAGUUUUCUAGGGAGAGGCAAGUUAUGGACAACAGCCCGGAAAAGCUGAAGAAGGAGUUGGAGGAAGAGCUGCAGCUGAGCAGUGAAGACUUGCGCAGCCAUGCCUGGUACCAUGGACGCAUUCCCCGGCAGGUGGCAGAAGGCCUAGUUCAGAGAGAUGGAGAUUUUCUGAUUAGGGAUUCUCUCUCCAGUCCUGGAAACUUUGUUCUUACCUGUCAGUGGAAAAAUACCCCUCAGCAUUUUAAAAUCAACAAAACAGUUCUAAGGCUCAAUGAAGCCUACUGUCGUGUUCAGUAUCAGUUUGAACUGGAAAGUUUUGACACUCUCCCUGGCUUAGUCAGAUACUAUGUUGGGAACCGUACACCAAUAUCAAAGCAGAGUGGAGCAAUUAUUUUUCAGCCUAUCAACAGGACUGUGCCUCUCAGGUGUCUUGAAGAAAAAUAUGGUGUAACUCCAGUCCAGCAAAAAGAGCCAAGCACCCCUGGAGGAAAAACGGAAAGUGCAAAAAGGCUGAGUCUUGGUAUAUCCAGCAUGCAGUCCCCGGAGCAGAGCAUACCCAGAGGAAAUCUUCUGAGAAACAAAGAAAAAAGUGGUAGCCAGCCAGCUAGUUUGGACCAUGUUCUGGAGAAAAGAUUCCCCUUAAAGGCUCACCAGUCAGAGAGCUAUCUGCUAAUAGGUUCAAGACAUCCAUCUCGAUUACCUGAAGCAGAUGCAAACUCCUGUCCAAGCUCACCUGCAUUUAGAACAGGCAGCGAACCAUCUCUAAGCCCCACAAUUGUUCAGAAAGUCAUCUCAGAGUCACAGCUAGGAGAAGCUCUUAGAGGAUCAGACAGUCAGCUCUGUCCAAAGCCUCCCCCUAAACCCAGCAAAGCCCCCAUGAUGAAGCCCCCAGAUUCUCCUUUGGCUUCCCACAGCUCUGAAGGACACUACUGUGAACUAAACAUGCCAGAUGCCAGACAUCCUACAGCAGCAAAACAACCCCUGUGUCAGAAAAACAGCUAUGUGGAACAUCUGGCACAAAAGGAGAGGGCAACAUUCAGGAACUCUGAAACAAGCUAUUUGAUCCUUGAUGAUGAUCCUGCAAUGAACCCUGCAGAUCCUUCAGAAGCUCCAGCUGAGAUGGCUGAAGAAGACAGCAUCUUUUCUGCACCUGUUUAUGAGACAGAGUCUAGUUUUAAACCAAAUGAUUUUGAAUCCAAACUACUUCCUCCUGAAAACAAGCCAUUGGAAACAUCCAUGUUAAGAAGAGUUAAGGAGCUCUUCACCAACAAUAACCCAAAGAUUAUUGCACAGCACAUUCUUAGAAUGGACUGCAAGGUGGCAAGGAUAGUAGAAGUUUCUGAAGAGAUGAGGAGGAAUAUGGGAGGGAACUCUGGUCUUGAACUGAUCACCUUGCCUUACGGACAUCAGCUGCGCCUUGACCUGAUUGAGAGGCACAAUACCAUGGCAAUAGGAAUAGCUGUUGACAUCUUGGGUUGCACAGGAAAUGUAGAAGAUCGAGCAGCAACAUUAAACAGGAUAAUCCAAGUUGCUGUGGAGUUGAAGGAGUCACUAGGGGAUUUAUAUGGAUUUUCUGCUAUUAUGAAAGCGCUGGAAAUGCCACAGGUCAGUAGAUUAGAACAAACCUGGACGGCUCUAAGACACUGUUAUACCCAGACUGCCAUCAUGUAUGAAAAACAGCUGAAACCAUCUUGCAAAGCUUUGCAUGAAGGACAAGAUGAGUGGACUAAAACUCUCAGUGCUCCACAGAACAUAACAGUGCCACUGCUGAUGCCUCUUGUUACCCUGCUGGAGCGCCAAGCUGUUGUUUUUGAAGGCAUGGAGCUGUGGGAAAGCAGUGACCAGAGUGGUGAAAUAAUGCUCAGGCACCUGGGCAUGGCGCGCCUGAUGGCACAGCACGCCGAGACCUUCCGGCUGAGGGCACAGCAGCUGCUGCAAGAUUUCCAGCCAGAUGAAGAGCUGAGUGAAAUCUUCAAGACAGAAUUUCAAAUGAGAUUGCUGUGGGGCAGCAAAGGAGCACAAGUUAAUCAAAGUGAGAGAUACGAGAAAUUCAGCCGGAUCUUAACUGCACUUUCCCGAAAACUGGAACCUCCUCCAGUGAAGCUGGUGGAACAAUUAAGUAUAUAAGACUCUGGAAACACUAUUUAAGUGAUAUACUUGAAAUAACCUUAGCAUUCUUACGGCAAUUUGAUACUGCACAAACUUCUUGCAUUUCACAAGAUGUUUAGAACUUUUAACUGCACAAUGCACACUUGUUUUAAAACUACUGAUUUCUAAACAAAUUAUUUAUUUACUGUGUCACCAAGUCAUUUACUGAUUCCU